AGCCCGAUCGUCUCAAUCGCUUGAAGAGAAAAAUGAGCGACAACGAAGUAGAGAUGGAGGAUGUGGUGGCCAACGCCGAGAGAUCAAGAGGUCGAGGACUUGCGCAGAGUCGCAAUCGCGAGAGGAUCACCUACGACGUGGUCGAUGAAGAGUCGUCUGCCACAAGCGGAGCACCACAAAGAUCCGUUGAAGGAUGGAUUGUCUUCGUGACAAACAUUCACGAAGAGGCAACAGAAGAUGAUGUUCAUGACAAGUUUUCCGAGUACGGAAAAAUUAAGAACAUUCAUUUGAAUCUCGACAGACGAACCGGUUUUUUGAAGGGAUACGCACUGGUGGAGUACGAAACGCAGAAGGAAGCCAACGAAGCUAUUGAUCAGAGCAACGAUACAGAUCUUCUCGGCCAGAAUGUCAAAGUCGAUUGGUGCUUCGUCAAGGGAAAGAAGACUUCUGGAAAGCGCUGAAAACCACGUACUUAAUUGUCCUCUCCAAUCCACGUUUUAUGUUUUUUUACACGUCACUGUUAAGUUUUUCCUUUUCUAUUUAUUUUUUGUCCUCUUUCCCAAUUUACCAUUCGAAAUUUUAAAUAUCUAUUUGGUCUCAACUCGCUCGCUCUUCUCAAUUUUGCGAUUUUUGUUAUCUAUGUGACACAUGCAAUAACAGUGAAUAAAAUGACCAUUUUUC